AUCAUAAAUUGGAUAAACAUCUUACAACCUACAGAUCAAUGUUACAUGGUCCCGGCAACAAUGAACGUUUCUUGGAAAACCACUCACAAAAAAAUAAUCGCGGUGUCGUUCGGAGCAUCGAUCGCGGGAAAACGCCAACCCAGAAAACAUAUGAUCAUAUCUCGACAAAUGUGCGAUCUGACCAAUUUUCCUCUACAUAUUCUCCCUCGAAAUCAGAACCAGAAAGUGAUGCCAAGGGAAGAGCGUUGGGAUCAUGGCAAUUGUUCAGAGAUGAACACGUGGACACAUCUAAAUCAAGUGAACCCCAAAACACCAGUUCGGACUCUUACGAUAGAAGUCGAAGGAGGACAAACAAAGUACCCUUGCCGAAAUUGCAGGAUGUGCCAUGUCAAUUUUUUGAUCAAUUGAAGGAUGAACUUCACGACUUUACAGAAAAGGAUAUGUGGCGUCUGAAUGUCGAUCUUAGAGAAACUUUUGCUAAACUCUUCGGAAUCCAUACAAUUUUUCCUUUAUAUUUGGACAGUUCUGAAUUUGUAAUGUGGUUCUUGGAUGAAAAUGGAUGUUUGUUUAUGUGGAAUAAAAUGGAGUGUAGUAUAAUAUACAUGGGAUCCAACUUGGAAGAAGGAAUUACGAACUAUCUCAUCCAUCCGGAUAGGAUGUGUUACAUCAUCGAAGACACUUUUGAGCGUGUACCUGUAAAUGAAUCUGAACGUCAACUAAAUGAAGAAUUUAAAAACCACAUGGAGGAGGAGCUUAUGAAGAAGCUUUCGGAAGCUGAGGCUAAUCUUCUUUAUUGCAAAAUAAAAUGUCAAUCACAAUGUCAAACGCAUCGAGAUAAACACUGUUUCGAAGAUGUAUAUUCCUCAUACGGAGACCAUCACCAUAUAAGGACACAGGAUAAACGUCGCACAGAAUGCGAUUCUAAAGACCCAGCUAAAUUCCGUUCGUUGAGUGGAGAGAAAUGGAGAUGCUCUGAACAAAGGUUUAAGAAUCUAUUAAGAAGAGGCGUUAAAAGAGUGAAAGUUCUAACUGAGGAAGAGGUAGGUAUGAUUGAGCAAUAG